AACAAAACUUGCCACAGUUACGCUAUCAUUUGAAAUUUUGUUGUCACUUUUUUUCCUCCACCGCCUGAAGCAUAAAGCAUUCUCAGAUCUUAUUCCAUUUCCUUUGGUUAAUCGCACUUCGAUCUCAAAGCUACUUCCUUUACUUCAUUUCUCUUCUCCCUUUGGUUUCAGCGACCAACUUGGCCUUGUUUGUGUCAUUGCUCUCAGAAAGUAAGUUAUGCCACAAAAUGUUGGACGCCAUGGAUGAACCUCAAACAGAAAAGUAUGCAUCCCAUGAUCCCAACUACAUUGUUAGGGACAAAGUUUACAACUUUAUGAAAUUCAUCAAUAUGGGGUCCAUUUUUGUGCUUUUGAUCUUCUUGGUAGCAUCAAAUCCUAGCUCAGCAACACCUUCUCCCACCAGUUCACCCAGCAACAAUUCUACAUGCCCAGUGUCCAUGAAUUAUGUUCAAACAGUCCCUUGGAACAUCUCUUACUGCCAUAACUUCCAACCCUUGCAAUCCCAAUACCAAACAAGCACAAGUCUUUGUUGCCAAACCCUCUUAUCCCUCUUUGGGGUAGCACUUGCACAAAACCUUAAGAAAAACUCCCUUUUUCAACUACCUAAUCUCCCUACAUCUAUCUCUUGCCUCCAACACUUCCAAUCCAAUCUCACAUCCCUCUCACUUCCCAACAACCUUGUCUCCUCCUGCUUUGAUCCACAACAAUUUGUCAUCACUCCCGACAUCUGUGCUCGGAUUCAAAACAUGGAAGAUUGGUUCGCCAGGCUUGGUUCUACACCACAGCUCGACACUGCGUGUAAACCAGACCUUAGUGAUAGAAACCAAUGCACCAAGUGCGAGGCUGAGGGGGACAAGGUUCAGCAGAAGCUUAGUGCCAUUGAUGGUAAUGAAUCACAUUCCCAAGAUUGCUUUUACUUCACAGCACUUUACAUGGCUGGUGUUGCCAAUCAGUAUGGCCCUGAGAGCAGAGGUGCUUUGUCUUGCAUUUUGAUUUUGUUGCUUAAUUCGCAAGUUGAUUCAAGGGAUAGCCAUCGUGCUCUUAGGCUUGGUUUGUUUAUAGCUUCACUUGCAGUCCUGGUAAUCGUGUUGUUAGGAUUAGGGGUGUAUUUUUGGUAUAUCAAAAGAAGAAGUGUUGAGAAUUUGCUUGCCUAUGCUGAUCUACAGGAAGAAAGGUUCAGGCUAAGGUUGAGACCAAAUACAGUGUUGACUUGGUUUGAAAUUGAGAGUCUUGUGAGGGCCACCAACAAUUUUUCACCUCAGAACUUCAUUGGCAGAGGUGGGUUUGGGACGGUUUACAAGGGCAUUCUACCUGAUGGCACAAUGGUUGCGGUGAAAAGGCUUGAAGAAUCGAAUUAUCAAGCAGAUGAUCUGUUUUACAGUGAGGUUGAGAUUGUUAGCAACUUGAAGCACCGUAAUCUGGUGCCACUAAGAGGGUGUUGUGUGGUUGAUGAGAAUCAUAAUCUUGAGUACAGAGGAAGGUAUCUAGUUCAUCAAUAUAUGCCAAAUGGAAGCCUUCAAGACCAUCUUUUUCCAACCGAAUUAGACAAUCAAUAUACAAAGAAAUCCCUGACUUGGACUCAAAGAAAAAGCAUAGUCUUGGAUGUGGCAAAUGCAUUGGUUUAUUUGCACUUUGGAGUUAAACCUGCAGUGUAUCACAGAGAUAUCAAAUCCACCAAUAUACUACUUGAUGCAGAUAUGAGAGCGAGGGUUGGAGAUUUUGGGCUAGUCAAACGGAGCAGUGAAAGCACGUCUCAUCUAAAUACAAUAGUAGCUGGAACUCGUGGAUAUGUAGCACCUGAAUAUGCACUCUAUGGUCAGCUAACUGAGAAGAGUGACGUCUACAGCUUUGGUGUGGUUGUUCUUGAGAUAAUGUGUGGAAGAAAAGCCCUUGAGUUAUCUUCCUCAGGGGCUCCGGUUUUCUUGAUCACAGAUUGGGUUUGGUCAUUAAUGAGAUCUGGAAACAUAGGAGAGGCUUUGGAUGCUUCUUUGUUAGUAGACAAAAAUUGUGCUAGAAACAUAAUGGAGAGGUUUUUGCUGGUUGGAAUUCUUUCUUCUCAUGUAAUGUUUGCUUCAAGACCAACAAUUUUGAAUGCCUUGAAAAUGUUAGAAGGGGAUAUUGAGAUCCCACCAAUUCCAGAUAGGCCACUGAUGCAUGGACACUAUGUGAUGUAUGAUGGUGAUGGCUCUGGGAUGAGCUCGGAAUGUGGGUUUGUGAGCUCAUGAAAAGUUAAAUGUGAAGUAUUAAUAAAGGAAGCUGAAGCAUGUGCACUGCAAGAUACUAAAAUGUCAUGUCAUGUUCUUCGAGACAAGAAUGCACCUCUUGCUCUGUGGGAUAUUUCUGACAGAUAUUUUCCUAAAAGAUAAAAGGGGUUAAAGAAAAGUGCAAGACCAAGGAUCUUCCUAAUUAUGCUCAGCAUACCGUGCCUAUUUUCUCUCUGCCAAAAGAAUGGCUAUGGUGUGAAUCAUGGUGUGGUAAUGCUUCAAAAUAUGAGGCAAAAACCAUUGAUCUGUGCAACAAUCCCAUGACAAAAGAACCCCAAAACCAAUGACUUGUCUGAUGAAGAUUAUGAGCACAAGUUUUGAAAUGUAUUCAAGAAAUCUAUGAUCCUUGCAACAGUUUGUGAUGACUACUGAGAGUGCAAUGAAGAUUUGCACUAUUCAAGUAAAUGCUAUAGUUUUCAUUGUUGUAAAUAUAAAAACUGUUAUUGUAAAUUCUUAUGGCAGUGUUACCGUGACUCUUGAUAAAUUAUGAAUCACUUCUUCUGAUAGAUAUUCAUGGUUUAACAUUUUAUCAUUUA